GGUGUCACCGAAACUGUAGCCUAGCGCCUCCGCAAAUGGUAACGUUUCUCCGCCGUGAAAAAAAAAAGGUUGGAGCGACUUGUCAAUUUCGCUCAAUCAAAAAGCUGUCUCUUACUUCCACAUGAUUGCCUCCUCCUCCUUCUCCACACUCCAUAUCUUCAUCCCCGAUUCGAUUCCCUCUUCUCCUCGAUUUCUCCCGCCUAGUCAACACCAGCUCCAAAUCCGCCUCGAUCGUAUGGAGAUGAUGAAGCGCCUCGGAAUCGGUUGCUUUGCGGCGAAUCGGAUUAAAAGGGAGGUGACGACGGAGAAGGACAGCGUCGGCGGCGGCGGAGAGGAUCUGUUCGUGGAGUCUGGUGAGAAGCCUGAUCAUUUGGUGGUCAUGGUGAACGGUAUCAUCGGAAGUUCGGCGGAUUGGAAGUAUGCGGCGGAGCAGUUCGUGAAGAAGUUCCCCGACAAAGUGCUCGUGCACCGUAGUGAGAGUAAUUGUGCAACGUUGACGUUUGAUGGUGUGGAUAUGAUGGGUGAACGCCUCGCUAAUGAGGUUUUGUCUGUUGUUAAGAACAGGGGUGGGUUGAAGAAGAUCUCAUUUGUGGCUCAUUCGUUAGGAGGUCUUGUUGCGAGAUACGCCGUAGGGAAGCUUUAUGAACAGCAGCAGACUGGUGAAGAAGCCAACUCUUUGGACUCUCCUUCAAAGUCCAAGAGCGGCGGCGAAAUUGCUGGGUUAGAACCUAUGAACUUUAUAACUUUCGCAACGCCUCAUCUUGGUUCCAGGGGACACAGACAGUUCCCGAUUCUCUGUGGCCUUCCUUUUCUUGAAAGAACUGCGUCCCAAACCGCACACUUGGCUGCUGGGAGAACAGGAAAGCAUUUGUUUCUGGUGGACAGCGAUGAUGGGAACCUCCCACUUCUUAUCCGGAUGGCUACAGAUUCUUUCAACUUCAAAUUCAUAUCGGCUUUAAAUGCUUUCAAGCGGCGUGUGGCGUAUGCAAACGUGAACUUCGAUUACAUGGUUGGAUGGAGGACAUCUUCAAUUCGCCGCCCAAACGAGCUCCCAAAGCCAAAUCUUCUAGCAACUGAUCCAAACUAUCCACACAUUGUAUACGUGGAACAUGGAAACGUGGACAAUGGUAGUUGCGAGUCAACCUCUACAGUAGUAAAAGAUGAAAACACUGAUCUUGAAGAGGAAAUGCUACAUGGGCUUGGUCAACUGUCUUGGGAACGAGUAGAUGUAAGCUUUCACAAUAGCAAGCAACGAUACGUAGCUCAUAAUACCAUUCAGGUGAAGACAUAUUGGUUACAUUCUGAUGGUAAAGAUGUGGUCUUUCACAUGAUGGAUCACUUCUGUCUCUAGCCCCCAAACAUUUUCAUCCAGCUGUUCACAGUUUCAACCGCUGCAAUUAAGUCAGCAAUGUAUAAAGGUGGAUAAAAGCAUUACACUGUAUCUGCUUUGGUUAUUUUGUAUCAUAUGAUGCUCUUACAAAUCAUGGAAAAGUUUCUGCGACUUUACAUUUUGGUUAUUUGAAAUGUAUUUAUUAUAUUCUGUUGAACGAUGAAUCUGUACAGAUCUAGUCGUUCUUUGUAAAACUAUUAACAUUUUCAUCUCUU